AUGCGACGAAGCACCUUCUAUCUGCUGACAUCGUUAGCCAUUUUCAUUUGUUUCAUAACAUUUACAGCUGGAUAUCAGAUAUCCGUGAAAAAUUCAAAUAGUUUGAAUCUCCAUAAACAACAUUUCGUUGAAAGAACAAAACGUCAAAUUGAAGAUUUUGGAAAUGAAGAUUUUCCAACUCCAUCAGCUCAAGAAUCUGAAGAUCAACCAAGUUUUUGGGAUAGAAUGGUGAAAAUGGCUUUAAGAUUAUUUAACAAAUUUAUAGAAUGGUUAAAUUCAUCA